UCGAUAACGACGCGUCGUUCGUACCUGACAACCUCAACCUUCGAACGUUGUACAAUCCAAAACGGAAACAACAAUGCGAGCAGAAGACUCAGGGCAGCCAUCUAUACGCAUGCUACCCUCACGGUGAUCUCCCGCUGUGCCAUCAACUUUCAACUCUUCACCCACUUUGCGGAGAAAAUGCCAAGCAAAAUCAAACCCGCCCACUAUGACAUCGAUUUCACUCUUCGCCGAGUAUUUGGCAAAAGAGCUUUCAGACCCACCCAACGGGAGGUGAUCAUGGCGACGCUAGAAGGAGAAGAUGUGUUUCUGCAGGCUGCCACUUCGUUUGGCAAGAGCUUGUGCUAUCAAUUACCCGCCAUCGUAGAUUUUGGCAUCACGAUCGUUGUAUCACCUCUGUUAGCAUUGAUGAAUAACCAAGUUGCUUCAAUGCGAAGAGCCAAUAUCAGAGUGGAAACGAUCAACAGCACAACAACAGCCACUACCAAGAAAAUGAUCGUCGCAGACCUACAAUGUGGACACCCUCUUACACGCCUGCUCUACGUAACUCCAGAGUAUUGCCAGAUGGAUUCCUUCCGCAAGCUCCUCCGGAUAGUCCACUCCCAGCGAGAACUUGCCCGUAUCGCCAUCGACGAAGCCCACUGCGUCAGCGAAUGGGGCCACGACUUCCGGCCUUCUUUCCAACAGCUCCGCUUCUUCAAAGACGAGUUCCCCGAUGUCCCCAUGAUAUGCCUCACAGCGACCGCCACCUCGCGCGUACGAGACGACAUCAUCCAAACCCUCAACCUCGACGCCACCAAGCUGAAAAUGUUCCGCAUGACCACCAGCAGGCCCAACCUCCACUACGAAAUCCGCUUCAAGAGCGACGAAGAAGACCACUACGCCGACUUCCUCCACUUCAUCAAAACCACGCAUGCGCGACGCGCAGAGAACCCGGACCGCGCCACCCAACUCGCAUCGCAGAAGCAGCGCGCAGACAACGUCCCUGGAAUCAUCUACACGCUCUUCCGCAAAGACUGCGAGUCCCUCGCCGCACGGCUCUGCGCCGACGGCAUAGGCGCAAAACCAUAUCACGCCGGCCUUCCGCAUACGGACCGCGCCGACGCGCUCGCGGGCUGGGUCGACAAUAAACAAGGCUACGACAUCAUCGUCGCCACGACGGCAUUCGGCAUGGGCAUCGACAAGGAAAACGUGCGGUUCGUGGUGCACUGGCAGAUCCCCAAGUCCUUCGAGGGCUUCUACCAAGAAGCCGGGCGUGCAGGCCGCGACGGGAAAGCGUCCCGCUGUAUCCUGUACUACGGCCGCGAAGACCGUGAUCGUGCUGCGUCGAUGAUGGCGCGGGAUCAGGCGCGGCAGCCGCAGAAGGGUGGCGGUGUGAAGGCUCAGCAGAUGCAGAUGAUGAAUCGUGCAAAGAGCUUGCAGGCGCUUAUUGAGUACUGCGAGUCUACGGAACAGUGCCGGCAUAAACUCAUUGCGAGGUAUUUUGCGGAUGAGGGGGACACACCGUGUGACUUUGCUUGUGAUUGGUGCAAGGAUGCGGAGGCGUUGGUGAGGAGGAAAGAGAGGGGUUUGGCUAGCGAGGAGUGGUGUAGUACGCAAAGGCAGAUGGGGAGGUAUGAGGUUGAUGAAUAUGAAUGAC